UACUCCCGGCGUCAGGUUCUGAGCCGUCUGACAGGCAGGAAGGAGAACACGCGUCCCAACCAUACAAUUCUCCUAUGGUAUCAUUUAUCGUUACGUGCCAAAAUUAUCAAUUAAACGUUUGAUGUUUCGGGACCGGCAACGCAGCUGAGAAAAUUCUACCGGCAAUUUUCACCGUCGCAUGUGACUCGAUCCACGGAACGUUCUAACGUAGCAUCCGCGAGUGUUGGUGAUUCUGAGUGAUCGUGCUUUAGAAGAUGUAUUAGGAGGGAACGUGCUCUAAACAGGGCCACGUGUGAAAGGGGAAUUACGCCAGACUGCCUCACGGUGCGGGUUCCGGCGGGCCUCGUAGCCAAGGCCGGACAUGUGCCACCAAAUGGGGGAACCACCUCCGAGGAGAAGGCUUCAAUUCCGAACGACAACAUAGUUGACACUAACCUUUUGUCAGAAGAGAUGACAGCAGUAAAUACGACAAACCAUGAUCUGUCCAGCGUCCGUUUACCACUUCAACCCUACGCAGGAGGUCAUGCAGUUUUUAUGUACAGUACAGCUGCGGAUGGAAAUGUAACGCUACAACUGAAGGAGCCUGAUGACUUGGACAGAGGCAGCCUGGCUGCCAUGUUGGCUAGGUUACAGGAUGACGCGACCUUUUCUAUUUCAUAUCAAGAUACUGACAUUUUGUCAGAUGGAAGUAUAGAUGUGCUGUUGGGAACGGGAAACGCAAAUUCUGGUGGCGGCAGUGGUGAAGCAGUUACGGCCACCUUCGACUUAUUCGACUCGUCGAGUGGUCCUGACCUCACGCUAUCCCCGCAGACGUUCACAAACUCCACAGAGACCUUCAUCAACGACAACUCGGAUAGCUUAGGGGGAGUCCCACAGGAUCAGGAUGCAGUUUCAACAACAACAGAUGAGAAGAAAAUCGGAAGUACAACACCAGAUGUGGUCAAAUUAGCUGUUAAGAGACAACGGCCAAAAGCCGCAUCACCUAACCGUCAGGGGCCUCAACAAUGCCAAAUAUGUUCCAAAGUGUUCGGAAAUGCCUCAGCCUUGGCCAAGCACAAACUGACCCACAGCGACGAGAGGAAAUACGUUUGUAACAUGUGCGGCAAGGCUUUCAAGCGACAGGACCACUUAAACGGCCACAUGCUCACACAUCGCAAUAAAAAGCCGUACGAGUGCAAGGCAGAGGGCUGUGGAAAAAGUUAUUGUGACGCCAGGUCCCUCAGGAGGCAUACUGAAAAUCACCACAGUUCAACAACUCUGAACACGGCAAGCACCACCAUGUCCCCUGCUCAGGGAGCGGCUUCUGGAGAUGCGGCCUCACCCCAUGGAUCCAGCUGCAUCCAAUACGCGCCAUCACCCACGUCAACCUCGGGUGGGAAAAGUCAAUUACAGCAACUGCUAUCCUCCGAACCUAAAAGCGGCUCAGGCAACAAUGACGGGCUGACCAAACAACAACUAGAUCUGAUUCAUCAAAUAAUGGAACAAACCCAGAGACAAUCUCAAUCCAUCAGUAAACCUGUUCCAAAAUCGGCAUCCAAGCUUGUUAGCAAAACCCCUACGAAAGUGCAGAGAACAUGGUCUUCUCCGUUGCCGCAAGGGUCAUCUAGUAAAGUAACUACAUGUUCCAGUUCCUCGCAAGCUAAAGUAUCUACUACAACCCCAUCUAUGUCUAGUCCAGCUAGCUCUAGCAAACCAGAACCUAAACCGGUAGAAUGUAACCUUUGUCAUCGAAAAUUCAAAAAUAUUCCUGCACUCAAUGGUCACAUGAGACUCCAUGGUGGAUAUUUCAAGAAGGAUACUGACAACAAAAAAUCCGAAAAGAAAGAUUCCAACGCCCCACCCCUACAGACAGCAAGCAUCAGUGUUCGAGCACUCAUUGAAGAAAAAAUAAUCAACAAACGGUCAACUAUCUCGCAGCAACAACAACCAAAAACAUCUGACGAAUCAAUAAAAUGUUCGAAUGCUCCCCCACUUUUUCCAUUAACCGUGCAUUCCACAACCACCACAACAAAUUUGGAUUCAAAAAAUACUUCUUUUGUUGUACCAGCUCCCCCUCAACAACCAACAGAAAAAACGCGAAGACAUUCCGAAGCAGAUUCCUUCAUUGGCAACAGAGCCACGUCGACUACUCAACAGGAUGCUGAUACUCUCGCAGAUCUGAUCCUGAAGAGAGAAAAAGUGUCGCUCAAACGUGCUACCUCAGACCCAGGUCAGCAACAGUUAAUUCAAUUUCAAACGUCAGAUUCGUUUACGUUAACCUAUCAGAGAGAUGACGGUGGAUAUCUUUCACCGCCUCUUCAAGAUGAUGUGUUCACUCAAGUUCAAGAUAGUAUGCUUCUUCAAGGGGUUGAUACGCAACAGCUUGCCUCCAUCCAGUUUCAAGCCAAUUCCCUUUUGCAAGAUCAGAGUGAGCAGCAAAUACAUGAUAUAGCGUUGGAAGAUUACACAACGAUUCAAAAUGAUUCACCGUCAUAUCAAACGAAUCAUUCCGUUAAUCAAGAUCUGCAAGCCGUUUUGGAUUCACCGCUGCCGGAUAGUCUGGCUGAUUUCAGUACGUUUCAUGCGAACACGGCGUUGGAUCUGCCUUCUCCUAGUUUCCAGAAUCAAUCACCGACUUCUUUCAUCAAUUCGCCUCAUACUUCAGUGCCAACUCCGAGCCCUUUGCAGAGCCCGUCGAUGCGACACGACUCACCUGGUUUUGCCUAUCCAACGCCUCCUGCAAGUCACGAGGCUCACAGUCCGUGCUUUGGUCAGAACGCAGCUCUACCACUCGUUUCGCCUAAGCAGAAUGAUUUUGGUCAGGUUCCAGAACGGGGGAUUGAUGAACCACCGCAGGUAUCUUCUCCAUUAUCUGCCGCAUUCUUCACGUCGACUAUGUCUAGCUCAGCAGCGGUCGAAGAAGCCUUAGAAGAAGUACUUCCAGGAGAAAGUAUAGCAGCUGAUGACAUCUACCCCCUGUCGGAUUCACCGGAUCCUUCGUCUCCAGUUCCUGUUGGCCUUACUCCUUCGCAAUCUCCCUUAUCUACAAUGCCUUCGUCUUCAAAACCAUCAACUCUACCGAAUAAUUCGAAUAGUUUCAACGUUCCUCAGAAUUUCAUUAAUUUCUCCAUGUCCCCUCAGUACACGUUUCAAUCUCAGAUGUUGCCAAACUCAGAUGAUCCGCUUCUUUCGAGCAACCCGAAGGACUUUGUGACCAAGAAAAGAAUAGAAUUGAAUGGUGUCCCCCUGCGAUUGAUAAGCAACCAUGGGUUGAUUGACUUGAACAGUUCCAAUUUCGCCGGUAUUUUGGUGGAUACCAAUGGUGAAAUCAAGUUGAUUCAAACCGGAAAUGCGCCGAUACAAGCGAAAAAUUUUGUUAUUACGAACACUUCUGUUAUACAGAGUUCUGAAGUGAGCAGUGAAGAUAGGAACAAUGUGAGUGUACAUAAGAUCGUGAAAGGUGUUCAGUGUUCAACGAAACAAAUAAUUUCGAGGCCUAAACAAAUUAUUGAAUCAAAAAAAGAAGAGAGCAACGACGUUUUUUUAAGCCCUACAACGAUAUCUGCAAACCCUGCAAAAGUUUCCCGUAAACGGCCUAGAUCAGAAGCAUUACAGUUACCUAUAUUACAUCAAUCAAAAUUGCGAGCAAGCAGAAGUAAACCGCAAGGUUGUACGACCUAUACGCCUCAACCAAUUCUCAGUCCGAAUAGGUGUGGAACUGGACUUUUUUGUAAUAUAAAACCUAGAACAGAUGAUGAAGUGUGUACAUGGAGCAACGAACCUAUUCCAGAAACAGACUCAACUCCCCAUAUAAAUGUUGGUCCCCAGUUUCAAAGUAGGAUACCUUCUUUCAUGGAAAUGCCUGAUAGAUAUUACAAAGAUAGAAAACAAGAAUUUCUCCUAUGGGAUCCUGGCAUUGAUAAGAAUACAGAGAGUGAAGUCGAUAUGUACCUAGAGUUUGCAUGUUGUGCAGCAGUUCCUGGUGGGGGAAGAAAUAAAGAAUAUGCCAUGCAUUUGCUCAAUAUGUGUGGAGGCAACAUCCACGAAGCGAUGUUGAAGUUGAUGCAGCCAUUACCGUGCUCACAAUCGGAUCAACCUCCGGCAUGCUAUCAGUCCAGCGAAAGUGACAAAUGGUCUGGGGCUGAGAUCGAAGUUUUCUACAAAGGCUUGCUCAAAUUUGAUAAAGACUUCCAAAAUAUAGCUCAAGAGAUUGGCACGAAAACUAUGAAGCAAUGUAUACAAUUCUAUUAUUUCUGGAAAAGGGUGUGUGUGGAUGAGUAUAGAAAAUUCAAACAAGUGAGGGAACAAAAACAAAACACUAGAAAUUUAAUGAUGGAUCUUGAUUUUGAAGACAAACUUUUUCCUGAUUCCAAAUUACUAGGGAUUGUGGAAACAGGAUCUCCUAUGACGAAUCAAGAAAGUAGAAGUUUUAUUUGUGAAUUCCCUGACUGUUCUGCGAGUUUCAAUUCUCGAGCAGCUUUGAAUGGUCACAUAAGAAUUCAUGGAGGCACAACAAGAAACUCUCCUACCCCAUCAUUUCUGUCCCAUGAGAAAAGGUCGAUAUCAUCGACCUCCCUAUGUCAUCCGGACUCAACAGAAGAUUAUCCUUGUAAGAUUUGUGGGAAGAUAUUCUCGAAGAUAAAAAGCCGCAGCGCCCACAUGAAAUCCCAUAGGCCAAUGGAUGCUGAGCCAACGAAGAAGAAAGAAAAAGAGUCACCCUCAUCACAUUGUGCAACAAACCUUGAUAAUAUAUCCGUGCCAAACCACUACAUCACCUAGUAUCCAUGAUAACACAAUUUUUUUAACAAAAAAGAAAGACUUGACGUCUUGAAAUCAUUCCACGAAUUUAUUCUCAUCUCAUUCUUGAUUCUUGAAAAUUUAGCUGAACUCAUAUAUUCUCCUCGCCCAUCUGUUACAAUCGCAUUUAGCGUUGAGAAAUGUUCAUUUUGUAAUUUUCUUUGGUUUAGAUAUUUCCAAAUUCAUUAUAUUUGAGGGAACGGAUAAAAUCUCAACGUAGUUUGUAGUUCAUUUUGUCUUGAACUCUUUUAGCAAUUAUUUUUUUCAAUUAUAACUUGCCUCCAUGGGAACAUAACUGUUCACAUGCUGUCUUCAUUUACAUCCUUUUUUUUAUAAACAGAGGUGAAAAAUUUAAAUAAAACUGAAGGUUUUAUUGAGAACAUCCUGAUGUGGAAUCAUUCGUUGGCAGAUGAGAAUGUUUGCGAACACUGAGUUGUUGUCUUUUCUGAACAUUUUCUUUGUUUAUUUAUUGCGAUAUCUUAAAUUCGAGAGAAAUUACUGCACUUCGUAUGGUACUCUUGAAAGACGAGAAAUUAAUAUUUUGAAUCACAAAACUCUUGAAGUUAAAUUAAAUUGAUACACUGAACAAAAAGUGUACAUGUAAAACGUAAUUGUAUUGAUGAAUUCAGUUAUCAAUAAACAAUGAAGUCGUUCAUCAUAUUGAUGAAUAGUUUUCAUUGAACAAGGAAGAAUUUUUAUUGAUUUAAUGAAAUGUUUAUUACUACAAUGUUCGGUUCAUCAUUUAAUCAGUUGUACUUCGUAUCAAUAAUGUAUUUAAUUGAAAUUGUACAUGUAAUGAACAAAGUUCCUCUAUCCAAUGAAUACUUCAUAGAAACAACGAACAUUCAACAUCAAUUUCAAAAUUGUGAUAUUGAUGAACAGGGAUCCAUAAUAUCAAUAAUGAAUUAGGAUAAACUUUGAAGAUCGAAAUUUCAUGAUAUUGUUGAUUGUUGAAAAAGUUCAUUGUAUCAAUGAAUUUAAGUUGAUGAUUGCCAUUCUUCAAUACAAAGGACAACAUUUUUCAGUGUACUGAAACCAUUUCCUAAAAAAAAUGAAAUGUUCAAAAAAGACGAGGCAAUACCACAGGGUGUUCUGAAUGAAAACUUACUUUUUAUAGUUUUGUUCUCCUCCCUGUAUAAAACAAGAAACAGAGUAAUUGAGAGCAUCAUAUGUUCCCGAGAAACCAAGCUGCAAUUCAAAAAAAAUUAUGGUAUUAUAGGCCAAAAGGUUGAAGAGAAAAUGAACUACAAACUUCGAUUACAUUUUGUCCGUUACCAUAAUUUUGCCAGUGUGUAUAGUUAACAAGUAUUUUUAUAGCAUUCAUCUAUGAUAAUGAAGUGAGUUUCGAACCAAACCAUCUUUACUGCUGAUGGUACCUUGUAGAAUUGUCAGUUGGGGAAUAUAUGAGUUCAGAUAAAAAAUAUUUUAUCAAUCGGCAAUCAAAAUUUCGAAAAGCUUGAGUCAGAUCAAAUCAAACUUUUUCAGGAGCAUAUAAAAUAUGCAAAAUUUAGAGAAUGUAGGUGAAAAUUUCUAGUUAUAAUAGUUGUACAAAUUUCAAAUUCACAUAUUAACAGAGAUUAUAUAUUUAAUAUUAAAAAUAGGGGUUGUGUUACGUUUACGCCUUCAAUGCGUAACGUUAGUGCCUUUUGAAAGUCGAGUGAGACAUAAUCGGUCGUCCAGCGGCCUAAUCUAAUACAUACAUACCAAUGUUUCUUGAGAGUUUCUCAUUAAACCAUAUUAUUAUCUUUCCCCCAAAAUUGUCAAUUUUGAAAUCUACAUUAUAAAUUUUCUACAUUCUUGAUCUUAUCUAUUCCUAAAUAUUUAUGAAAUUAAAAAACGAAAUUCAAAGAAGAAACGAAAAUCGAAUGACGACUAAAAUGAAAACUUAAGUCCAUUUUCGUUCCAAGAAUUCCCCUCUUUAUCUCAUAUACAGGGUGUCUCAUUAAAAAGUGUCCGCCCUCAAUAACUCAACAACGAAUCAGAAUUUGUGGAAACACUCAGACAGGUCGAUUUUUGAUGACAGGGGGACAUGAUCUUUGAUACAAAGCUUGUUUCUACUAGCUACCCCCUGGAGAGGGUUCAAACCCCGUCAGCAAUUUGAAUAGGGAAAGUGGGUAACCACUUACUGUAGCACAAAUGUAUGCAUGGAUUCAAAUUUCUAUGAAUCUGCAGUUUGUGUUCUAUAAAGUGAAUAUUCACAAAGUUACAGGGUGUUUUUUAUGGAAUUAGAGUACCGAUAAAACUAAAUGAAACAGAGAUGUUCUAAUUGAUCGUAUAAUUUCUAUUGGAAGAAAAAUUUUUAACGAACAGUAUCAGUAAAAAUUCAUCACAAAUUCUCAAAUUUCUCACCAUUAAAUAUUAUGCAAUCGCAUGCAGCGAUAAAACCGUGAUUAUCUUUUGUCGAAGACGAAGCAAAAACAAACAAAAAGGUGAUUAAAAAAUGUUAAAUGCCUUUUUUCUCUUCAUGUUUAUUAUAAUCUGCACUGCCAGGUGUAGGCAAUAAGCAAAGAAAUUAUUGCUUUCAGAAAAUUUCGUUUCAGUAUUCCGUAUUGUAGAAUUAUUAGAGGUGCGUUUUAUCAGUUCUUAAUAAAAAUUACAAAAUGGUUUACACGUUGGAGGAGAGAAAGGAAAUGAUGAAAAUUUAUUUUCAGAACAAUGACUGUGCUAGGACUACUGCGAGGAUUUUUAAUGAACAACAUUCUGAUUAAAAUGUUAAUCAUUCAUUUAUCAUUCAGUUAGCCCAUAAAUUUGAGGUAACAGGAUCAGUUGCAAACAAAAAACAACAUCCUGUAACUUUGUGAAUAUUCACUCUAUAGAACACAAACUGCAAGUCCAUUCAAAUUUUGAGCCAUGCAUACAUUUGUGCUACAAAACUACCCACUUUCCCUAUUCAAAUUCUGGAUGGGGUUGCAACCCUCCCCAGGGGGUUUCUAGUAGAAACAAGCUUUGUAUCCCAGAUCAUGUCCCCCUAUCAUCAAAAAUCGACCUGUCUGGGUGUUUUCACAAAUUCUGGUUCGUUGUUGAGUUAUUGAGGGUGGAUACUUUUAAAUGAGACACCCUGUAGAAUGUCAGUAUAGGUACAUAGCCUUGGCCUUUCUUCUUUCUAUCAAUCAUUUUCUGUUAUCUUAAACUUGUUUGAUUUUAUAUAUUUAUAAUCCUUAUACCAUAUUUAUAUCUUACGGUGUAUGUGCUCUCGUUGAAUUUUAUGGUGAAAUGAAAACUCUUAGGAAACUUUUGAUUCGAUUAAUAAUCGAAUUUAGUGCUCAUUAAAACACUGUAUCAUCAAAGGUACGUAUUUUCUUAAUAAAGUGAGCAAUAGAUCUGAACUCAAAAUAAUCAAAUAUCAUAAUGGCCAUAAUUACUAUAGAAAAUUAAUACGUAUUUUUCAUUGGUGGACCAACACCUCAGUAAUUCGUUUCCAUUUCUAGGAUGUCGUGAAUUGCUCAACUUUGCAACUUUCCUUUUAUCUUACUUGUGAUUAUUAUAUAGAUGAGGUAGUUGAAUAUAAUUAACUGAAAUCAUAAUUGCUUGGAUACUUAAAUAAAAGUAUCAACUUGGUAAUUAUUGUUAUAACUUAAUCGUUUACCACAUUUGACCUAAUGGAAACAUCUCACACAUUAAUGUACAAAAAAUCCGAGCAUUAACUCAAAUGGGUACACAAAUAUCUCAAUUAAUUUUUCAAAAUGAAACAUAAGUACUUAUACAAUUCUAGGGAAGUAUGAAACAUGUUUCACACAUAACAUCCCUAAUCGUCCAUUUUUCAAACGAACUCGUAUAAAAUACAAACAUCCAUCUAAUCAACAAAUUUAUUUACUAUCCAUAAAGUUCCUAUUAGAAAAUAUUAAUAAUGGAAGGGCCUACCAAUAUCCUGAUCAUUUGCCAGAAAAAUUCAUUGAUAGAAUUAUGAGAUUCAGACGAAAGAGUAGAGUCAAUGCUAUAUGGUGAAAUCAGCCGCAGAGAGAACAUGUAACAAAAAAUAAAGCAUACUCAAUACUCAUAGACUAUUGGACAAGUUACACCGAUCACUGGUUGUUACUAACAACCCUAUUCCCUAGUAAGACAGCUAUGAUUCUUUCCACAAUUCUAAAUUUUCGAAAAUUUUUUUUGACCAUCUUCAGAACAUACAAUUGAAAAUAAAUUUUCCAAACAUUAUUUGAAUAAUUGAUAUCCUCUUGCUAGAUGUUCGGAUGUUUGAGUGACUAAAAUAAUGUAGUUGUUUCCAUUCCGUAUAUGUUUAUUCGGGAAAAUAUGUUCAUUUCGAGACGAGUUCAAAUGUGGUUAUAAGUGUUUAAAGUGUGAUUAUAUAACUUACAAUUAGUUUAGAACGAAUUAGGAUAGACCAAAUAGAUAUGUGUAUAGGAUGAAGAACUAAUGUGCCAUAAAAACUGAGGUGUUGAGUUCACUAUUGUUCUACUCCUUAUCUCUAUACUUCGAGAUAUAUUCAAAUAAGAUUUGACUCUGUGUUGUGAUCUUUUUAAAAAUCUAUUACUAUAAAUCUAUCUAUAUUAUUACUUAUUAAUGAAAUAUUUGUACAUGUUGUUGUAUGUAUAAAAUUAGAAGAUAUAGUGGUGAUCGUACAAACCGAGUAAAAAGAGCUUCAUCUUCAUUAUUAUAAAUUUGAAUGUACGAAUAAGUACCAUGAAUGUUAAAAAUAUUUUAUUAAUUAAAAUUUCUUCCCCGGAGGUUCAGAUGAUAAUGUUUUAUUUUUUCAUUUUAAUAUAAAUAUACAAAUUAUUUGAUGAGAAUAACUUUCAUCAUACGUUAAUUUUGAAUGAAAUUUUUCAUCCCAUUAUUGCCUGAAGCUGAUAUACAUUUUUGGACAAUGAGGAUAUGAAUCUGUUUUCAUAAAAACCCCUCUUUUCUUUCUGAAGAAUAUUUUUUUCCACUUUACUUGAAUCAGGCGUGUUUUAUCAAAUUGUUGCUGUACCCUAGCAUUUCCAUUAGAAAAAAUGACAAUCCACUAUAAUUUUAUUGUAAUGUGUUGAUGUUCUUUAUGUGUCUAGAGACACAUAAACUAGGUUAGGUCGCUUUUAUCAUUCAUGAACACUUAGUAUAUAUCGAAUUCACUGUUGAAUGUUUUGACAUGUUGUAUGUUUCAUAAUAAAAAAAAAUAGGAUUAAGAGAGAGCUAGACUCCAUACUGGUUUCUGCGAUUCACCUUUUCAAAUAAUAAUGGGCUAGUUGUGUCAGUCCCAAAUAUCAAGUGCUAAGCACUUACAAUUGAAUGUUAUCAAUGUUAUCUUUUCGAUUGGCAAAUAUUUUGACAGAAUUCACUAUCCAUGUUCUCCUAAUCAAAAUUUCAAAUUAUACAUAUAAAUUUCAAUUUUAUUCCAUGUACGUCAAUAUUAUAAUCAACUUUCAAAUCAUUCGUUUUAGGGCUGCAUUUCCUCAAUAGAUCGGUUGGUACUGUUAGAUCAUCAUCCGUAUAGUAAUUCAAUUUAGAAUUCAAUGUUGAUGUAAUUUGAACCUCUUAAGUUGAAUAUAGUACAAUUUUUGUUUCCACCUAGACUCAAAAAUAAGACAAUCAUAAUUAAUUGAUAAUAAAAACGAGCUAAAUACGUAGGCCUAACUGAGAAAAUCAUAUGUCAGUAUUUUCUCAUCUUCAUUACUCAUUCAAUCUAGUUAAUCCGUCGGUAGAGGAAAAAUAUAGGUACAUACCUUAAUGUAUUAAAAUACAUAACGUAUGGAUUGAUAAAAUAUUUCUUCACGUUGGUUCCUCUACACUUCUUUGGAAAUUACAGGGUAAUAAAUUAUAAUAUACGUUAUUUUUCGAUUUCGUACAAUUAUUUCAGUAUAAUAACGUUGAAAUAAAUGUAUUUCGAAAUUAUGUUUCGAUUACUACGGAAAAACUGUCUCCAAUUGAAGUGAAUCCCUCAAAAAAAAACAAGAAUCAGUCUGUUUUUAAUCUUGUUAUCAAAUCAUGUGAAAAAUUUUUUGAAUUUCUUCAAAAUAUCUGCCAUUCAAUCCUUUAUAUUUAUCAUCUAUUUCCAGAAAAAAAAUAAAAGUUGUUCGACUAUUCUCAAAUGCCAUUAUUUAAUGGAAAACUACGUUGUUAAAUGUAGAAUGUACUUCGAAACGUAAUAAUUGAAGCUUUAAAUCUGUUAUGUUGCUCAAUAUUAAUCUUCAGUUGCUAAGUAACUAACAUGAGGAAAUACGCACAAUAUUAUGGAAGUAUACAAAUUUUCCCAUAAUCAUAACUCAAGUCAAUUCUGAGAAUAAAACAUUUAGUGAUGUAAAAUCAUUUUGCCAAAAGAAACAUUAGACGAAUAACAUAGAUUUUCCACUCAAUCAUUUCAAUGUGUAUACUCCCAUAAUCGAAUAAAACAACCUAUUUUGUGCCAACUUAACUGAUAUACUAUCAUCGAAAACCUAUUGAAAAGAUUGUAAUACAUCGCUUGUAAAUUUGUAUAUACUUACCUAUCAUAUGUUGCUACUUUAGGGCAUUGCUCUCAAAGACUGUCAAUUCCUACAAUAUGCUUGAAAUUCUUAUAUAUCUGUCCCAAACUUGAGUUGUUUCUUUCGAAAAUAAUUUAUCGAUUUUCUUAAUCUGAAUCCAAACACUUUGGUUCAGAGAAAUAUGCUGUUUUUCUAAUGAAAGCUCUUAUGCCUAAUGAACUCAUGAAGCAUAUUAUGAGGGUUAAAUGUAUGUGAUACUCUUUUGUGAAUUUCUGAAUUUUUUACCCCAACAUUAAAUGUUACAUCAUAGCUCUCUCAAAUACUCAGUAGUACCUAUUGAGAAAAUAUGCCGUUCCCCAACUGUACCUGAUAUUACUAUUUCAAAAAUGUUCAUUGUAUGUUUGUGGCAUGUAUAUUCUUUUCGAGGAUAAAUGUUUGCUGUUUAAAAUUCUUGAAUCUGACAUCUGAAAUAUUCUGCUCAUAAGAUUCAUUAAAUCUAAAUGGAAAAAGGUCAAUAUUCGUAGCUCAAAUUUUAUAUUUUUUCCAAAUAAAAUGGUACCUACAUCUAUAAAUUUAUGACCAUGUCAUAACAGAGUGUGUUCAUAAUCAUUAUUCCAGAGAUUUACUAGAAAAGUUAUUGUGAAUUGAUAUUUCAAACAAUUCCAUCAAGUUUUGGACAAUCCUGUAGGUUUUGGGUGACUGAGUGGAAUUUUUUAUUUUAUAAAAUGCUUUAUAUUACUAUAAUCUUAAUCGAUUCUGUUAUAUUUGUUACU